AUGGAGAACUCCCCGCAUGACCAAGCUCACCCGCCGCCACCCCCCUCGAACUUGUCUUCCACCCUGGAUGUCUACGCUCGACCGUUCGUUCCACAGCGCCUACGGCAGGUCAAUCUCGAUCCUGCUAAUGUGAUUUGGAGCGCCCCUCCCCAGAGCAUCAAUUACCACGACUAUGUUCGAACAUUCGCUGGAUCGAGUUUUAUCCAUCACCAGUCACCUUCGCUCUUUGGUCACGAUGCUCCUGAGGCGAAUCUCGACACGAAUUACGCUUCUCCGAACCCGCAAAACGAGUCGACGGGAGCGAGAGACCUCUUUCCACAGUCACUUGGCUCGAGAUCAUACCAUCAGCACUUCCAUGCUGCGCUGCUUUAUGAAGGACAGUCGCUACAGAAAGAGUGCGACGAUCAUGCGCUUUACCGUGUACCAAUCGUCUGGGACUCCCAUGACUCCAGGCCUUUCAUGUUCCUCCUCCACGUCCCCGGGCUUCGCGAGUCGAGCAUUCGCAUCGAAGUUGGCGACGUGGUACAGUUGCGCCAACUCCGCUUUGAUCACAAUUGGGAAGUAAUCAAUUGCCCCCAGCUGCAGGGCAGACCGAUUCCGGAUCCACGCUAUUUCGAUACCCAGCACAAUAGUAUUGUAUGGGGCAUUGACAGGCGCGAGGAGACCCUCCGACUGCGCAUUGACGGCCUUAUCUUCGGGAGCAUGCUAUUCAACGUGCGCUUUAUGCCACAGUCAACGCGUUUGCGGGCUCAGUUUACGGCAGUCACCAAGGUCUCGGACGCGCUUUACCCGGACACCUUCUCCAACUGGAUGAGAUCAAUGCUUUUUCCUGAGGCCGCAGAUGGCUAUUAUCAGAAAUCUCUGAACAGGAGAAGCGUUGAUCUGGAAUUUCCUGACCCACUCCUGAACUACGAACAAUCGAAAGCAAUCGACACAGUUCUUGGUGGACGGUAUGGACCCGUACCGUUCAUUGUAUCGGGACCGCCGGGUACUGGCAAGACGAAGACUGUUGUUGAGAUGGCUUUGCAGCUUCUCCAACGGGACAACGGAGCGCAUAUACUGCUUUGUGCGCCAUCGGACCCAGCAGCGGACACAUUGGUGAGACGACUGAGCAUGCACAUGAAUCCACCCCAGCUUCUCCGAGUCAACGCUUCCUCGCGAAGCUUUCCAGAGGUGUCCAACACAAUACUGCCGUAUUGCCACAUCGAGGACGGCAUAUUCUCACUGCCGAGCUUCGCACAGCUGAUGAAAGCCAAAGCAGUGGUCAUUACCUGCCGCGAUGCUAACAUGCUACUGCAAGCACUACUAUGCACCCCGAAAGAAGCUCCGUACAAGCCAAGAUUGCACUGGUCUGGGCUACUCGUGGACGAAGCUGCCCAAGCCAUCGAGCCCGAAGCUUUGCUGCCUUUGAGCGUGGUAGCGCCACCUAGCUCCGAUGCCGUUCGAGAAGAAGAUUGGCCGCUUUUCGUUAUGGCGGGCGACCAGCAUCAGCUCGGACCGAGAACUGCUUUAAAAGCACCAGAGAUCCAGACAUCACUAUUCGAGCGCUUACUGGACAGGCCGUUCUACUGCCAGCACCCACUUGCGCGAUCAAAAGGGAGUGGCGGUAGUGUACGGCCGCUGACGCAAGACAUGCUUCCAAUUCUGCGACCCGCCUUUACCGACCUCAUCCGGAACUACAGGUCGCAUCCAGCUAUACUAGCAAUGCCUUCUUCGCUCUUCUACCACGAUACACUGGAGCCGGAGGCGACUAACACGGACUCUCUCCUCUCCUGGCCACGCUGGCAAUGUCGCGGCUGGCCAGUUCUCUUCGUCAGCAACACCGCUGCCGAUGAGCUAGAACAGGACGGAGGCGGAUGGUACAACGUCAAAGAAGCCUUCAUCGCCUGCGAGUACGCCAGCUCUUUCGUCCAAGCUGGCCUGCUCCAACCGAGCGAAGUCUGCAUCAUGUCUCCUUUCCAAGCGCAAGUCAAGGUCUUGCGGAAAGUCGCCAGGGCGGACUUUUCACUGCCCGGGCUGAACAUCGGUCCGCUGGAGGCUUUCCAGGGCUUGGAGUCCAGACUGGUGAUUAUAUGCACUACCCGCACUCGUGACCGGUUCAUUGACCAAGACGUUGCGAGGGGUCUGGGCAUUCUCCAUGAGCCGAAGAGGUUCAAUGUCGCUUUGACGCGGGCGAAGGAGGGGUUGAUUGUGAUUGGGAAUGCGAGCGUGUUGGUUCGGGAUAGGAAUUGGUCGGCUUGGUUGCGGUUUUGUCGGCGAAAUGGGCUUUGCGAGGACAAGGCUGUGUUGGAUGGGAUAGUGCCUGGUGGAGAUGAGGAUGAUGGGUGGAAGGAGCGUUCGCGAUUGGAGAAGCAAUUGGUCUCGUCAGAACAAGCCCAGGGUGGGCUCUUGGAUAUUGUUGAUGGAGCGCGAGAGCUUGGAAUCGCUCACCCAGACGAUUAUCUGUGGGAUUCUGGUCUUGAGGCGGAAGAACUGGUGCGAGGGAAGUGGGACCACGACCCAUGGCCAACUGACUCAGCGGGAUAG